AUGCUGGCCUCUCCAUUCGCCAGGAAGCUUCGCUCCGUCCUUGGAAGCAAACCCAAGUUCUUUGGCCCUGCUCACCCUGACUCGUACCCUCUCUACAUCACUGACGAUCUCGUCAGCGCAGCGAUGAAUGCCCUCACUGACAGAGAGGUGGCAUGGCCCAGAGACCCUCAGUACCGCAUUGAGGUGGUCAUGGUCAAUAUACCUUUGCAGUACUGUCCACCAUACAUCGCCAACGAUAUGCCGCCUGAAUGUGAAGGAAGGCAUCCCUAUGUAGUUGCAAUCGGAAAGGCGAUAUUCCGUCGAACGCCUGAGAAUCCCGGUGGUGAACUCACCGAGGUCGCGAUGAUCGAAUGGAAACAGAGGGCUGUGACAUUCAGUCACUCGCAGAAAGAGCUCGUUACUAUCGUUCCCCUAAGAGGUAUUACACAUAACACCAGGGGACGAAGUAAAUGA